AUGUGGCUUCUUGCCUUGAUGAUGUCCGUCACGGAGGCACAGACGGAGGGUCGCAGAGCGAUCGACCCCCUUUUGAUCCUCACAAAUCCACCCUUCGCGUUAACAGGCCAAAGGUCGUGUGAAAGUGUCGACGAGUCACUAACUCUUCUUUCAACCCCUCCCUCUAUCCAAUUUUCCCCACUCGGCUCACACACCUACCCACCCCCACGCAUGCAUACGGAAUCUUCUAACGUUCACUGCUCGACUCGUCGUCAGGCCGACGUGAAUGCCACUCUGGAGCCAGAGGCUGCGCUUGCGGUGACCGCCAUGUGA